GUCUCCUCCGCGGCUCCCCCUCCCCGAGCCGGGCGGGGCCGCAGCUCGCAGCGCCGCCGCUCCUUGUGCCGCCUCUCCCCGCUGACCGAGGGCACCGCCGGGACCCUCUCCGGCCGCCCCCCCCCGUCCCCGCCGCCGCCUCAGCCGCAGCCGGCGCUGCCCGCGGAGCCGCCAUGAGCUGGGGCACGGAGCUGUGGGAUCAGUUCGAUAACUUAGACAAGCAUACGCAGUGGGGCAUUGACUUCUUGGAGAAAUAUGCAAAAUUUGUAAAAGAAAGGAUAGAAAUUGAGCAAAACUAUGCAAAACAACUGAGAAAUCUGGUUAAGAAGUACUGUCCUAAACGUUCAUCCAAAGAUGAAGAACCCAGGUUUACUUCAUGUAUUGCCUUUUUUAACAUCCUUAAUGAGCUGAAUGACUAUGCAGGACAACGUGAAGUAGUUGCAGAAGAAAUGGGACACAGAGUCUAUGGAGAAUUGAUGAGAUACUCACAUGAUCUAAAAACUGAGAGAAAAAUGCAUCUUCAGGAAGGGCGAAAGGCUCAACAAUAUCUGGACAUGUGCUGGAAACAGAUGGAUAAUAGCAAAAAGAAAUUUGAGAGAGAAUGCAGAGAGGCAGAGAAGGCGCAGCAAAGCUAUGAAAGACUGGACAAUGACACUAACGCGACAAAGGCUGAUGUUGAAAAGGCUAAGCAACAGUUAAACCUGCGCACACACAUGGCUGAUGAAAACAAAAAUGAAUAUGCUGCACAACUACAGAAUUUUAAUGGGGAACAACACAAACAUUACUACAUUGUCAUUCCUCAGAUUUAUAAGCAACUUCAAGAAAUGGAUGAAAGAAGGACCAUCAAACUCAGUGAAUGUUACAGGGGCUUUGCUGACUCUGAGCGCAAGGUUAUUCCGAUAAUCUCUAAAUGCUUAGAAGGGAUGAUCCUUGCAGCAAAAUCAGUUGAUGAACAUAGGGACUCCCAGCUAGUGAUAGACUGCUUCAAAUCUGGUUUUGAACCUCCUGGAGAUUUUCCAUUUGAAGAUUACAGUCAGAAUAUUUACAGAACUAUCUCUGAUGGAACCAUCAGUACACCAAAGCAGGAAGGAAUGAGAAUUGAUUCAAAAACUACAGUGGGCAAGGCUAAAGGAAAGCUGUGGCUGUUUGGAAAGAAGCCAAAGCCACAGUCCCCACCCCUAACCCCUACUAGUUUAUACACAUCCAGUACUCCUAAUGGGUCCCAGUAUCCCAUAUUCUCCAUUGAACCAGUGCAUUAUUGCAUGAGUGACAUAAAAACAGGGAAGCCCAGAAUUCCUUCUUUCAGAAGCCUCAAAAGAGGGUGGUCGGUGAAGAUGGGCCCUGCACUAGAAGACUUCAGCCACCUCCCUCCAGAACAAAGGCGCAAGAAACUGCAGCAGAGAAUUGAUGAACUCAACAGAGAACUACAGAAGGAAACUGACCAAAAAGAUGCCCUCAUCAAGAUGAAAGAUGUUUAUGAAAAAAAUCCCCAGAUGGGUGAUCCAAGCAGUCUGCAACCAAAAUUAGCUGAGACAAUGAGCAACAUGGACCGUCUUCGGAUGGAAAUACACAAGAAUGAGGCCUGGCUCUCUGAAGUUGAAGGUAAAGUAGCAGCCAGAAGUGACAGGCGGCACAGCAGUGAUAUCAACCACCUCGUAACACAGGGCAGAGAGAGCCCUGAAGGGAGUUACACGGAUGAUGCAAAUCAGGAAGGUCGAGGCCCACCACAGCAGCAUGCACAUCCAAAUGAAUUUGAUGAUGAGUUUGAAGAUGAUGAUCCAUUACCAGCUAUAGGACAUUGCAAGGCAAUAUAUCCCUUUGAUGGUCAUAACGAAGGCACUCUAGCAAUGAAAGAAGGGGAAAUUUUAUACAUUAUUGAGGAGGACAAAGGAGAUGGGUGGACAAGAGCUCGGAGACAAAAUGGAGAGGAAGGCUAUGUACCAACGUCAUAUAUAGAUGUAACGCUAGAGAAAAACAGCAAAGGUGCAGUAACCUAUAUCUAACAGUAAACUGGCAGCUUACAAGUAUACAUUCCCCGGGGAAAAUAGUGGACAAAUAGUAAGUCACACAGGUUCAUGGAAAGCAUUAGAAUAACAGAAGUGAGGAGGGGCCUGUUGUUUGCAAUGUGAGUUUGCCACAGCAUUUUCAUAUAUGACAGCAUUAAAUUGGUCUCCAGUUUUGGCCAGUGUUUUCUACUUUGUUUCACUGUUCCUGCUCUACAGAGAACUAAAUCCAAUUCAACUAUUAAAUGGAGAAAGACCAGGAUUCCUGCUUGUUCUACACAAUACUUUGGUUUUAUAGAAAACUGAAAUUUAAGUUUUAAAGACUUCUAAGAUGUGCUGUUCCCAUUUCUUAAUUUAAACUAUAUAUUUAAACCAGAGGUUUUUUUCCUCUAAUAACUAACUGAACUUGGUUACUGAAAAUUAUUAAUUUCCUUCCUUAGCAAAUACUUGGCAACUUUCACCUCUUAAACAGGAAAAUUUUUUCUGAUUCUAAAAGCUCAACAGAGCUACUCAGGAAGAAACAGUAUGAUUAAAAGGACAGAAAGUCCACUGACCUGUGUUUCUCCUUCCCUUUCUGUGGUUGUAAAGUAAAAUGUUGUGUACAGAACACAACUUAAUGAUUUUAACUCUAGAUACCUUAAACCUAAAGAAACCCCACCAAAACUGAAACACUACCAAAAAAUCAAACAAGCCAACACUUGUAAUUGUUGAUGAUGUUUCACUGAAUUUUAAGCUCUCUGCUCCGGAAAAGGGAAUGAUUUUAUGUUCUUAAGUUGUGCCUAUAAGCUAAGUCUUUGAAUUGCAUAAUGUUUAGUUUGAAAUCAAGCUCUUGAAUGUACAGUAAUUAAUUCCCUCACUGUUAAUCACUGAGGUUUGGAAACUGCAUUGCACUACUUGAUUACUAGAGAAAAAAAAAGAAAAAGAAACUAAGCUAAAAACUAAAAGCUUGUAUUUGUAAUGUUGAUUUGUGGAAAUAAUACAAGGCUAAUGAAUAGCCACUGAGAAUGGCCUGUUAGAUCUGAGCACACUUCUCUGUCUUCUAAAGGCCUUCAGUAACUUUGUUCUUUUCUUUUUCCUCUUGGACUGCAGGUUCCUGAAGCGGGUUUCUGAGAAAAUGGGCGAGAUCUUGAAGGAGGUUACAUGCAGCUGCUUGGGGCGGGGGGUGGGGGGGGAAGGUAUUAGACUGGGAGGCCCAUUAAACAAGGGGAAAAGCUAGUUGCAUGAAUGCAUGCAGACAUACAUUUAGUCACUAACAUUCUUAGCAUUUCCAUACAUAAUUAAGGAUGCAUUACAAAUUCUUAAAUUCGUGCAGGAAAAUAGCAUUUCUUUACCAGAGUAAAAAGGCAACUGCUCCUAAAUUUUUUUGUUUUCGUUGUCAUAGGUGGUCCGAAGGGCACAAACUAGAUUUUAGCUUGUGCAACAUUUUGGUCAUCUCAUUUAUACUUUUUUCCAACUCAUGUAAUUGACAGUCAUUUAGAACCAUGUCAGUUACCAGUCUGCCUGUGCCACCUCCAUGCUCGCCCUUAACCUCCUCUUGCAUGCCUAGGACAGUCGGGCAUGUCUGUGUAACACUUUUUUGACAUCAUUGCUUUUCUUAUUUUGUAACAAAUCAUUCUGUUUAAAUAUCUUCAGCACUAGAAUUUUAUCCCAGUAUCCAUGUAUGCUGCUAUAACUUUUCCACUGCAACCAUCAUUACAUUCCAGUUUUUGGCAUAACUGAUAAGAGAUGAAAUAUUUAUGUUGAUUUGGGGAAAUAAUACAUCUCAGCUCUACUCUACAAUCCAGUCAAGAGAAACUCCUAGACCUGUAGUCCAUCUUCAGCACUUCAGUAACCUACUGUGCGCACUGAAAACCUGGAACACCACCAGAGAUUCACCACUGCAAGCUAAUGACUGUUUUCAGAAGUCGACUGCUUGCCAUUCAAAUGCUGCCUUAAACUAGAGUGCCUAAAUCUGUUGUUUGCCAACACUACCACUUACAGUAUCUCACAAAGGGCUUUGUGUCUCAGCUCUUUCCACAGUGCUGCAGCUGCUGAGGUAGCCACGGUAGGUGUUUUCUAGAGUUCUACAUUACAGGAUACAUGGUGCAUCAUGACUUUUAUACAUUGGGACGCAUAUCUCUUAAUUUGACUUUAAUAUUUUAAAAAAUAUUUUUAUGGAACCUUUUAGUUUUUGACUAUGAAGUUCCCAUUUUAAUUACUGCAGUGCUAGUCUGUUUCCAGGUGAUGCUUCAUUGUAUGGACCUGUUGAAAUUUGAGUGAUACUUUGUAAUGAUCUAUGUGCACUUUUACUUGUAAACAAUUGAAAUUUGGAUAUGUUUAUACGUGUAAAUAUAGUUGUCUGCAGUGCCCCUAUUGCUUAUGUUGUCUUGCCUCCCAUUUGUGGUUCUAUUAAUAACUACAUCAUAUCUGAUCUAUUAGGGUGAUAAGAAUUAGACUAGCAAUGUUGGGCAGGGGUGGGAGGGAUACUUGCAUCAAACAAAGCUUGUCAGCCCAGCCAACUGCUGUUUGGGGAAAUGAAAUAAUAAUCAAAACAUCCUGUUUUCCUGGGGUCUGAAGCAAUAUUUGGAUGCAGCAGUGCUGGAUUCUUUUUAAUUUCAGUGUUAUUAGGAACUGUACUAUGAGUAAAACUGAAUUUGAGUGA